AUGAAUGAUUUACCAUUAAUUGUAAUAAAAAAAAUUAUUUUACAUUUAAUUAGAUAUAAAAAUAAAAAUAUUUUAAAAUUCUUUUUUUUAUCAAAAUCAAUUCAAACAUUUAUUAUUAAACAAAUUGAAAUUUUAAGUUUUAAAGAUAUUAAAUCAUUUGAACAAUUUAAAAAGGAUUCAAAAAAUGAAAUCAAAAGUCAAAUUACAGAAAUUAAAAUUAAAAAUGAAUUUGUAAAACAUUUAGAAAAUCAAUUUUUUGAUUCCAACCAUAAUAGUAAUAAUAAUAAUAAAGAUUGUUUUAAAUUAUUGGAAAUUAUACAAAUAGAUUGUAAACCAGAAAAUUAUUCUAAACUUAACAAUUUACCAAAAACAAAUGACCACCUACUAUUAAAAAUUAAAUCAAAAGCUUCAACACCAAGGUUAUACACUGAGGAAAUUAUGUUUUCAAAGUCAAUUUUUGAUAAAUUAAAAAAAAUCAAAUUAAUAAGUUGCGAUCCAUUGUCAAUCAAUAAUGUAAAAAAUUUAUUUAAAAAGCCAUAUUUAGAAUCAAUUGAUAUUCCACUUUCAACUAUUUUCUAUCUUCCUAGUAAUUGGUUGGAUGGUGAUGAUGAAGAUGAAAUUGAAGCAGUAGAAUUAGAAAUUAAAAAUUCAAUUGAAGAAUUCCAAGAAUUGGCUUCAUCCAAUCCAAUUUUAAAAACCCUAUCAUUAAGAGAACUUUAUUUCGCACACAGAUGGCAUUCAUACUUAAAACCAAAUUAUAAAAUUUUCAUGAAUCAGUCAAUUCCAUCAAUAUUAAGUUCACCAUUUUCAAAUAUUUCCAAAUUUUGUUUAUAUGGUUUUGCAUUACCAAAUGAAUAUUCAAUAUUUGAUUAUCUUUCAACUGAAAAAAUUAAAAAAUUAAAACUUGUCGAUGUAAUUGGUCUAGAUGGUAAUUGGCCAAAUUUCAUUUCAUAUUGUCAAAAUAAUCAAUCAUUAAAACAAUUAUCAAUCAGAGGUUGUUCAAUUGAAGAUAAAGAUAAUUUAUUCUCAAAUUUAAUUUUAAAAAAUCAUAACUCAUUAUCAAAAUUGGAUAUUUCUCAUAAUUUUUUCAAUUUACAAUUAAUAAUUGAAUCAAUUCUUCAAAAAUAUUAUCAAUUUAGUAAAAUAAUAAUUUCAGAUUCAAGUAUCUUACCAUUUAAUAUACUACUAUCAAAUGCUGAUAAAUUAUUUUCGUACUAUGACCAAGGAGGUAAUUCUCAUUUUUGUCUACAAUAUAGAAUUGAAUCAACAAAAAAAAAAAAAUUUCUCAACCCUUCAUUUGUUCAAGAUUUAAAAGAAUCAUUCUACUCUACCUCCGAUUUAUCUGAUAUUUUUAAUUUCAGUGAAUAA